AAGUGGAACGUAAGUGCAUCUCUCUGGCCUUCAUUUUUGGCUGCAGUUGCUUGUGAAGAUAAGCGGCAGCCAAUAAGAGGCGUUUCCUACAAGGAAAAAUGGAUAAAGGAGAAGACAACUAAAUAAAAUCAAAAGGUGGCAGCCUUUUUUUUAUGAUUGGCAACUUUUUCCACAUUUCAGUAAUCUGAAUUCUAAAUUCGGUAGACUGCGUAAAAGACAAGGGCCUUUUCUGCUUUUACCAUAAAAGUAUUCAGAUUUAAAAAGACUUGAUUUUGGGGGCUUUGAGGAGUAGGUGAAGACAAAGUUCUCUCUAUUCGGCUUAUAUUUUAUGCAGUUGCAUAUUCGGUGGGGGAGUUGAGUAGAGGAGAGAAAAAGACGAGUUGAGAAAUAUGGGUUCUCAUGGAAUGCUUGCUAGAAGAGCUCUGCUCACUGAGAAUCCUGUUAUGGUUGAGAUUCAAGAAUUGAUCCGAGGUGUAAAAGAUAGCAUUUCUCUUGCUCAGGGAGUAGUAUACUGGCAACCACCAAAGCAGGCAUUGCAAAAGGUACAAGAAAUUGUCGGGGAGCCUUCUGUUAGUCGUUAUGGUGCUGAUGAAGGUCUUCCUGAACUAAGGAAGGCAAUAGUAGAAAAGAUGCGCCAAGAAAAUAAGCUGCACAAAUCCUCUGUAAUGGUGACUGCUGGUGCAAAUCAGGCAUUUGUCAAUGUUGUUCUGACAUUAUGUGAUGCUGAGGAUUCUGUAAUUAUGUUUGCACCGUACUACUUCAAUGCAUACAUGUCAUUCCAGAUGACAGGUGUUACUAACAUUCUUGUUGGUCCCAGUGAUCCAAAGACUCUUCAUCCAGAUGCAGAUUGGUUAGAAAAGACUUUACUGGAGACUAAACCAACACCUAAGCUUGUUACUGUUGUAAAUCCCGGCAACCCCUCUGGAACCUAUAUCCCGGAGCCUCUUCUUAAGAGGAUAUCGGACAUUUGCAAAAGUGCAGGGUGUUGGCUUGUUGUGGAUAAUACAUACGAGUACUUUAUGUAUGAUGGUCAUAAACAUGUCUGUGUAGAGGAUACUCAUGUAGUCAACAUCUUUUCCUUCUCCAAGGCUUAUGGUAUGAUGGGUUGGCGAGUUGGCUAUAUUGCUUUCCCUUCAGAAGAUGAGGACUUGAAAGAUCAACUUCUCAAAGUCCAAGACAACAUACCCAUCUGCGCACCCAUAAUCUCGCAAAAGCUGGCUCUUUUCUCAUUGCAAAUGGGACCGGAGUGGGUCACUGAUCAAGUGAAAGACCUUGUCAAGAACAGAGCACUUGUUCUUCAAGCAUUAUCACCCUUAGGAGAGGGUGCUGUUAGAGGUGGAGAAGGUGCAAUAUAUUUGUGGGCAAAGCUUCCAGAGGAAUAUCCGGACGACUUUGAAGUCGUUCGCUGGCUAGCAAGGAAACAUAGAAUAGUUAUAAUUCCGGGGAGUUCCAGCGGCUGUCCUGGUUAUGUAAGGAUCUCAUAUGGCGGAUUGGCUGCAGAUGGUUGUCGAGUUGCUUCAGAAAGACUAAGAGAAGGGUUAGAAGAACUGGUGAAAAAGGGAAUGGUGGAAUAGUUUCUCUUGAAUAUUAUUAUAAAGCCCAGAAUGACUUGAUUCUAAUGGAUUCUGGCUCUGGCACAUUUCAAUGUUAGAAAAAGGACGGAUUUUUGUGCAUUCUAAUAACAAACAUUCACUCUAUUAAAGCUUGCACUGGUGGUGGUUGUUCUGUCGGCCUAAA